AUGGCGCCUGCAAAGCCGAACAAAGUGUCGCGCAUCACAGUGGCUUGUAAUUCCUGCCGGUUCCGGAAACAGAAGUGCAGCGGGAAUAAGCCAAUUUGCACUCAAUGCGACCAGCACAAUCGGUCGUGCGACUGGCCCGAACAGUUGAAACGUGGGCCGGCAAAAGGUUACAUAGAAGCCUUGGAACACCGUCUUCAUGAAACAGAGAGUCUUCUUUUGAAUCUUCUCGCCCAGAUCCCGGACUCUCAGCUCUCUGCCAGUGUUCAGGGACGCCAAGAUUGUUCAAGCAGGCAUCGGAAGAGCGGCAGUCCGCCUCAGACAUACUCGUCAUCUUCCCGCCUUGGAAAGCGAGGCACCGACUAUUGGAAGAAGUUUCCUCUACACACAGUACAGGAAAUCCGGGACUGGCAGAAUGACUGUUUGAGCAAUGAAGGAGAUGGUUCGUCACGACACUCUUCGGGAUCUGAAGCCGCUGAGCGUCCUUCUGUCUCACACCCUGAAUACCAACCGGAGACUGGAUCUCCAAAGGACCAGAUGCCUGAAUUCCAAGGAUUUCGCGAAAUGCCUACGCUACCACGGAUACACCAGAUUGAUAUACCCAAUAGCCCGAUGGAUGCCGGUUUAUCCUCGGCUAAAGUUCAGUAUAGCAGCGCAUUAGAUGGUGAGGCCAGGGAGAAUCGUCCACGAAUGGAUCCUGUUUUUGAAGCGAUACAGUAUCAACGCGCUCGAGCGGAAGCGGUCCAUGAAUUUCCUAGUUUGCAGAAACCGAGUCUGUGGAGGGGUGCACCUCCUGUGAGCUUUCAACAGCAAUUUCUUUGGUAG